UCUCCAUAAAUAUCUUAUGUGUCUGUGGUUAGAUUUAUUCUUAGAUAUCUUUACUUUGUGGCUAAUUUUAAGCUAUACUUCUGUUUGCUGGCAUUUAGAAAUGCAGUUGAUUUUUAUGUUAACUUUUAUAACACCUUGCCAAACUUUCUAAUUCUAAUAUUCUGUGUGUGGAUUCUUUGGAGAUUUCCAUGUAGAUAACCUCUGUAAAUGAUGAAAGAUUUAUUCCAUUCCAAUUUUAUGUCUUUCAUUUCUUUUUAUUGCUUUAUUGUGUGGUUCACAAAUUCUAGUACAAAUAUUUAACAAGAAGCAGUGAUAACCUUUUUCAUAUGAUGAAGAUAGUAAACUUUCAUAGCUUUAAAGUUGUCUGCUUUCCUGUUUCUUAGUCUAAUGAUGUACAUUUUAACCACUUAACCUAUGAAUGAUUUUACUGUUAAUUAGUCUCUGGGUUGUAUUAGCUGUGCUAUGAAAGGUUGCUUCAUGAUGCUAAUCACUAGUGAGCAUUAGGACUAGCAAAGAUGUAAAAAUAGCAGGUCCCUUCAAAAGAAGCCACAUUGGCAGACGUAAAGCUACCAAAGCAUCACCGAGAGAGUUUAUUAGAACUGUAGAUUCCUAGAUGCUUCCCCAGCAAGUGCCUGCCCCUGGGGUUCUGUACCUGCCACUGUCUUUGUUGUUGUUGUUUUCUGUUUUAAAAAUCCUGUUCUCUUAGGGAUGUCUCGAUUCUUGCUAGGAUGUUAAUGAUAGUUGUUUUUGAAGGUUUUUUUCCCCUCACAAUCUUUUUUUACUUCUUCUUUAUCCUCACUGCUUUUCCUCUAUUUGUUCUGUGUUGUUUUUUUCCUAUUAGAUGCUUGCUUCUGAUUUCUGGUGAUCCUCGCUGCUUACUGACUUAUGAGUGGAGCCGUCAAAAAGCUGAUGGGAGCUUUGUAUACUUAUUGAGGGCCUGUCAACAGGGGCUUCGAUGUAGGGAAAUAUGGGUAAACCCUUCAGGACUGCCAUUUAUCCUUGUCGUUAGCUCUUUUCUCUUGGGCUGGCCAGCUUUCCCAGGGAGGACUCCUUCAGUCUCCUGCCCUGGAGAGUAUAAUGGGCCUGGUUGCCAUUGUUCUCAUGGCCGAAUAGGGGGAGUGUGCAGGCUUCCACUUGAUUCCCCCUGCUUCGGCGAGGUACCCCCUCCUCACACCCCCUGUCAGCGGGGGUCAGAGUGAUGAAUGCGCUGACAGACUUGAAGCCACUCUUCCUGUUUCUAUACCCUCUUUCAUCUCCACUUCCAGAAGUACCUAGUGCCAAAAUUUUAGACUUUUGAUGGGUUCUGCAGGGCACAUCAGGUUGCUUCGUGGUUUCUUGUUACUGACCUGGAAUCCAGCGUCCUUAGGACUGCGAGGUCACUUGCUGCGUGUUUACCUGCUUUCCAGCUCCCAAAGCUUUGUCGCUGUUUUCUCCUUCCCUGUUACUGUAGGCUGUGUUUUUGAAAAAUCUCAUUAAUAUUGUGUUAGCAGAGUUCAGGAGAGGUUGGAGCUGUGUACUUUUAUUCAGUUUAUCAUCUUUAACUAGAUAUUACUCAUGCUUUUUGUGAAUAGAUGGUUAGCACCCUGUCCUUUGUCAGAUUUUCUAAGUCUAGUGCAUAGAUUCGAUUUUCUAAAGCUGUGGUAUAAUCAGCUGGACAGCUUUCUCAUUAAUUUUCUCUCUGAAUAUUAAACAAUUCAUUUUGGCUUUCUUGCUUAUUUUAGGCCUUGUUUCUAAGAAAAUAAGAGCUUAAUUACUGGGUUAGCAAAAUUAAGUCUCUCGAGAUGACAGUCAAGAGUCAGUAGGCAGCAAACCUGAUUGCUCAGCAGGCCGGGAGGCGGGGUGCCCCCCAGGGCAGAAGAGAGGGGCAGGGUCAGUCGGUGCUUCCCUCCACUGAGAGCCAGAGCGAGUUGUUUCAAACGUGUUAAGGAGGAGCUGUCAGGUGUUGAGUAAAUCGUUCUGGAGGCAGCACAGAAGGACCUUUCGUGGAGGUAGUUUCUCACCAGACACAUUUUUCUCUUUCUGAUUUAACCAUGGUUUUCAGUGCUGUAUUUCUACCCUCUCACCCCACCACCUUCGCCCAAGGCCCUGGGUCUCACCUGCACUAUUAUGAUUACUUCCUCAGUGGUCUCCCUGUCUGACCAUCUUACCAUGUGGAAAAGGAGCUCACUCUUCUGCCCAGGAGAGACAGGGAAAAGUAGGAGUUGGCCAGGUGGGCGAGGGGCGGCAGGACAGUCCUGGAAGGCGCAUCGUGUGGAAAACACAGGAGCAUUAAGGAAAUAGCAGGGAGACGGGUGUGUGGCCUCGGGUGCCUUUGGGCUGCCGCGGGAGAGGGGCCUGCAGACGGCUGGGUGACAGGCGUUGUGGAUCUAGCCUGACAGUUCAUUGUAGGCGAGAGCCUUCCCCCCCAAGUGAUGUGUCAGCUCAGGUGUUAGGGGUUUUCAUGACAGUAUCAGUACUUUAUUGAGGACACACUCUCACACUUUAAUGAAGGAUUUUUAAAAAUGCUGGCGAAUGAGUCCCUAUGAUUUUAAGGGCAGUCUGCCCUCUAGUCAUAAGGCGGGCCUGUCUUACACGAUAGGAUCUACUGAGUGAUCAUAUGUACCCCUAUUUGAAGUGAAAUUUGUACAAGUUGUUUACUGCUUGAAUUUCCAAAGAACAGUAUUAUAGACCCUUCUUUUUUACUUUAACCUGAUAAAAUGCAGUGAUUGAGCCACAAAAUAUAUGGCUCAAGGCUCAGGAAAUGUCAGUGAUUUUGUGAGGAGUAAACCCGAGUGGGCAGCACCGAGAGGGCUUUUCUCUUUUUUCAUCUGAGUCAGUGUCCUUUAACAUGUUUAAAUCUAGGGCCCCUCGGAGAGUCUGAAGAAAGCUGUGGUCCCUCUCCUCAUAAGAAUUCCAGUACGCAUGGCUCCUAAUUUUGCACAGAAGUUUAGAGAAUUCACAGCCAUGGGCCCUGGAAGCUCUGCCUUGGCCCCAGUAAUGAACUCCUGCUCUCAGUUAAGGCUGCAAAUCCAGCCACAGCCAUCUGGUCUGUCACCCUCAACCAGGUGAUGAGUCCGGCCGCAGGAGCACCUCUUUUGCCGAGUAGGCACAUAGUGAGCUCCAACUCUUCUGAUGUCACGCCUGCCCAGAUGUGACACCUAAGAAACCUGACAGUGCGUGUGCAUGAUAAAAAAAUAAGCAAUAGCACCCACCUAGAGGUUUGUGUACCUUCUUUCUCCUAAUGUGUCUGGACAGUUUUUUUCAUUGAUGAUAGAGACCUGCUACUGGAGUCCUUCAGAUAUUGAGGGAGCACCCUCUCUAGAAGCCUCUUGGAGCCAAAUAAUGAAUUUCCACCUACCCUGCUCCAUGAUUAGCUGUUACAUAUUUCGUGAGUAUGAAAAGAAACAACCUUGUUAGAGACCCUUUUUAAAUUGGCCUUAACACAUACACAUAAAAGAAACCCCAGGUUUGGGGAGUAUGAGAGAGAAAGAAACGUUUGGAGGACCUUCUUAUCCACAAGGAGUGGUGAUGAAUGGAGUCAAAAAAAGAACUUAGAGUAUCCGUGUUGGAAGACUAAAAAUGGAAAUCCAAUUUCCUCUCAGAAAUGGGCCUUGCAUUGUGUCACUGGGGACAAUGGAAAUAGACGCCAGAAGUCAUCGUUUAUUUUGAGAAUGUUGUAAAACAUUUGCGCCCCAUUGGAUGAUUGUGUUAUGCAGCACCGGGGACGUCCUGGCACUGCACUUGUGCUCGGACCUCUCCCUGUACCGACGUAUACCACCAGCCCUCAGGGAACACAGUCCUUCCUGGCUGUUGCCAUAUAUAUAUGUUCUUAUUCCAAUCUGAUCCUCUCUCAUCCCCAAAAUAAUCAGCAUGAACAGAAUGAAGCAGAUGGCACAAGCCUUCUUUGGCAUACUGGCAGAUCUGUAUCACUCACUCAGUAUUUUUAGAACCAAGGGGAUUGAAAAUUAUGUCCUGAGAUGUUUUGGGGGAAGACUUACUAUCUUUCCAGGGUGACAGGUGUUGAAAUAUUACCGUAUUUAAGACUCGAAUGCAAUCUGUAUGUCAGGUCACAGAACAGACUGACCAUCAUCAGGGCCAUCCCUUUGUCAGGGCUCGGUUAGGAUUGUUGGCAGUUUGCCAAAUAAUAGAAAGUUAAUCACAAGUCUGUUUUAAGGAUGUGGCCAGAAAGCUCAUCAGGUUUCAACCAAAGAUUGGAAUCAGCAGCAGCCAACCAGUACUGGUCAAGCACACGGUGAUGGGAGAUGUAUCAUCCACACGGUUUAUUUUUUAAAAAUAGCUGGGCUUUGAUCCUCAGCCACAAUGAAUUUAUAAUCUGUUGGGAAAGACCAUGUUUAUAGAAGUUUGUGAUUAUAUCAUGAAAACAGUACAAAUAUUUAUGUUUGAAGAUCUACAUUAAUGAAAUACACCGUUAUGGUGAAUGAAAUGUAACUGUUUGUGAAUUUGAACAUCAUUUUUAAAAAGCCUUCCUGAAGAAAUUAAGGAAUGUUUACUAUCAUAAGUUAAUUCAGUUCAACAUUUGAGGAUCAGCUUUGCACUUAGUGUUAGACUAAGUAUAUUUAACACAGAGACCUAAAACUCAAAAAGAUAAAAGUCUUGGGCAGAGACAUUCAUGCAGUAAGUUAAAUAAGUGUAAAAAUGUUCAAGUGACUUAAUGUUUUGUUGUUGAUGUUGUUUGGAAGUUUAAUGGGGAAAGAGGUGGAGGAAUUGUCUCACACGUAAAUACAACAUAACCAUGUCUAAAACUCCCUGAUUAUACACCCACCAUCUUUGAAGGCCCAGGGGAAAUGUAGAUGAUGAUGAAACAUGACUGUUGGACUCCUAGAUCUAGAAAAGUGGCUGGGAUCUGGGAAAAGUCUAUUCAGUGCUAAAGGGCAGGUACUCUUUUCUUUCACUGAACAAAUCUUGUUUUCCCUUUGUAUUCUUGGUGUGUUGGUAAUCAAUCAAAGUUGAUAGCUGUUGGGAAACAAAGAACGCGGGCUAAUUUUUACUUACAGCCUCACGGGUCCUUUCUGUGUGUGUGAACAUGUGUAUGCUCCAGACUUCUGGCUCCUCCCACUAUGAGUGAUGGAUGAUGAAUUAUACAUAGGAGAGAACCUCUGUCUUUUUUCCAUCAUCUCCACUGCUGAGUGGUUAGAACCACAUGCCAGUUUGCAGCUGAUGGUUUCUACUUUUCAUCUCAAUGUUUAUAGACGUUACCAUGUAUUCAUGUGAUGUGUUUUUAGAUAACAGGGUGCCUUCUGCUCCGUCUUGUUUCAGUAGGUUGUCCCCGUCAGCCCAUUGACACGCAUCAGGUAGAUACCGCAAAUGAGGAAACUGAACCUCAGGACAUAGCUAACCAGUGGGUAAGCUGGAAUUUGAACUAGGGAACCUUAGCACUGUAUUCAUGAAACCAGUGACUGGACCUACGUGAAUACCUCCUGUGCUUCAGGGAAACACCUGAGGCCACUCGGCAGCAUAGCUGUGUCUGAAGAAAAGCAGAGCUUGCCUCCCUCUCUUGACAUGAAGCUAAGAUGCCGCUCGUACCUUCCUGUGUGGCAGCCACUAGCCUCAUGUGGCUCUUUAAGGUUAAAUAACGUAAAAAUGUCCGUUUCUCAGUGUCGCGUUUUGAGUGUUCAGCAGCCACCCAUUUCCAUCACAGAGAGUCCCGCUGGGCAUGCUGGUCAUCUCUCCUAAAGCAAGAGCUGGGGAGAAUGAAUUUAAAGGGUCUAUGCAGGGGAUUGGUGUCGGUGAGAAAAACACAAAGUCCUCACCAGCAGGCCAGCUCCUCCCUCCUCCUGAGUGACUAGUGCUGUUUUGAGUUCAGCUCUAAAGAGAACAAGGAAAAGAUGAAUUUCAAACUUCAUACCGUGUGCACAUUUUAAUCUUUUUAAAUAGACCUGGAAAAAACACAGCAACUUCAAGUGAAUGAGUACAUUUAACGAUGAUGAUAAAUUCUCUGCCUUUCAUAGCUGGGCCGGUAUUACGGCCAGACUUAGGCUGGAUGAGAAGUAGGACACAUCAUGAGACCUGGCAGCAAAAACUCGGCCACACGGGAUAGAAUUCCUGGAAGGAAUUAUUUCGUUUGUGGCCAGGGUGGUUGGGAUGCCUCAAACGAGGCCGAGCCUCGGGAGUGAACUGGCACAGGGCGAGGGAACGAGGAGCUGGGGGAGAGGGGUUUGGACAGAGCCAGGACGAGGGUUCAGUUCAAGUCAUACUUGGUCACAGAGGAAUAAGGUCUGUGCAUGCUGCCAUCAGAAAGGAGGUUUGGUGCCAAGAUGUUGGCUGAGAACACCCGUGUCCCCGGCUUUGGAUCAGUGCUUGAAGCUUCAGGUCAAAGUGCGCACGUCAGCUCUGAAGGUUCCAAGCAGGUGGGGCAGGACAGUGAGGGGUAUCUGCCUGGUGCCGGCUCCGUGUGAACUCUGACCAGACACUAAAAACAUCUGAGCUAAUUGAAGAGGAACAUAAGAAGUUUCCUGCAAUCUUUGCCCCUUAAAAAAGGAAUGUGUGCUUGUCUAUGUGCAUGUGCUGUGUCCUGAUAUAUUUAAAGGUGCCUGAACUAUUAUUAUAAUAAAAUUUCAUCUAGCUAGACUCCAACUUUCUGAUCUGAAAGUAACUGAAAAGGUAAGUAAAAAUUAACUUUUAACAAUAAAGAGCAGCUCUGAGCGACUUGGCAAUAAAUGAAUGGCUGCAGGGAACCGACGCUUUGAAGACCUGCUCUGAUUGGUCAGGUUACCAUGAGUGCCCUGCUCACUUGACAAAGUUCACAGAGGCGGCCUGUGUACAAAAGCUACUCCAGUGUGUUUAAUGUAAGCAUAGAGUACGCUAAUUUUUUUUAAGUAUUGGCACUUGAAAGGUUAACGUCCACUGUCUGAAAAUUACUCUCUCUAGAAGAGCACAGGACUCUAGACAGCCAGCCUUUUCUCUGUUGUCCAUGAUGCUGCCUCAGACUCUUAAGGCUUCCAAACAAACAGUGGUCUGUUAGUAGAAAAAGAGCCUGGACUUGGGUGACUUUGCCUGGGUUGGAGGGCAGUUAAGAACUGGGGUUUGAGUCAGGUUGAGGUUGAGGCAGUAAGCCCGUGUCCUAGAAGUGGCCGUCCUGCAGGUCGCUGGCCCCCCAGGGUGGGGCUGGAGAAUGAGGAAAUGUUCCCAUAAACAAAAGGGGGAAAGAUGAGCAGAACAAUUUACUCGAGGGUGGUGCCUGCACAUUUAAAUGCAGCCUGAGCUUUGUCUGAGCCGUCACUUCUGUCUCCCUCCAUGGGAAUCUCUUGUGUCCCCUCCAAAGGCACCACAUCAGUGAAUUAAACCAGUUUUAUUCCCACUCUGUUUACACCAUAGACUUGAGUCCUUCUGCACGGUGACCUUACAAACAAAUUAACUUAGAUGUAUACAAAUUAUUUCGUCUCAUCCCCUGGAAGUUUAAACAGGUGUGAUAAACAACUUAUGUUCUGCCCUCAAUGAGUGAAGAGGAGUGGUUUGAAUAAGCAGGGAUGGUUUUUGUUUCUGUACCAGUAGAGCAUUCAAACACACUGGGGAGUUUUUCUUUUUUCUUUUUCUUUGAAUUGGCAGAUUGAACCUCACACAGACCUGAAGUCAUGGUUUGGAGUAGAUAAUACUGAGUCCAUGAAAACAGGUGUCUCUGUCGUAAGGGAAAGUGUGCUUUGUCCUCCAUCAAAACACUGUGCACCUGACUCCUGCCACUCAGGAGAAGCACAGACAGGUGGAUCCGAGUGCAGAAGGACCUCUUACAGCACACCGGGAGGAUGGGGAGUCGUGUUGCAUUAGAGCCAUGUGAAGGAGCGCGUUGAUGCUGAACUGGUUGGGGUAGGGGGGGAGGAAAAGCGCUGUUUUCAAGCGGCUAAAGCAAGAAACUGUUCCUCUUCUCUCCGCAGAUAGCCCAGGGAUCCAGGACAUGCCCCAGCGCUAGUGAUGCGGUUUGCCUUUCUGCUCCUGGAACCUCAUCUGUGCCUCAGACUUUCCCCUCUCAGCCCGAGACUGCAUGGAAGUUGGGAUGUGGGAAGCAGCAAGCAGAGCUAGUGGUAACUGAGAGGCCCAUGUCUGGGUAGAACCAGGUCCAGGACCACAACGCUGCCUCCUCUCUGGCCUGGAGUUCAGCUGCUGUGGCUUUGCCGAUGUGCUCAGCACCAUCCUUCUAUUUGUACUUAAAUGGCACAGUAUUUGGUCAGCGCAUCUGAAAAGGAAGGUGUGAGAGACAAAGCCCAUGGCCACGUACCCCUGCCAAUUAUGUGGCAAGACGUUCCUCACCCUGGAGAAGUUCACUAUCCACAAUUAUUCCCACUCCAGGGAGCGACCCUACAAGUGCUUGCAGCCAGACUGUGGCAAAGCCUUCAUUUCCAGAUAUAAAUUAAUGAGGCACAUGGCUACCCACUCACCCCAGAAGUCCCACCAGUGCGCUCACUGCGAGAAGACCUUCAACCGGAAAGACCACCUGAAAAACCACCUCCAAACACACGACCCCAACAAAAUGGCCUUUGGGUGUGAGGAGUGUGGGAAGAAGUACAACACCAUGCUGGGCUACAAGAGGCACCUGGCCCUCCACGCGGCCAGCAGCGGCGACCUCACCUGCGGCGUCUGUGCCCUGGAGCUGGGGAGCACAGAGGUGCUGCUGGACCACCUCAAAGCCCACGCCGAGGAGAAGCCCCCUAGUGGAACCAAGGAAAAGAAGCACCAGUGCGACCACUGUGAAAGAUGCUUCUACACCCGGAAAGACGUGCGGCGCCACCUGGUGGUCCACACAGGCUGCAAGGACUUCCUGUGUCAGUUCUGCGCCCAGAGAUUUGGGCGCAAAGACCACCUCACACGACAUACCAAGAAGACACACUCACAGGAGCUGAUGAAGGAGAGCCUGCAGUCUGGAGACCUUCUGAGCACCUUCCACUCCAUCUCUCCCCAGUUUCAACUGAAGGCUGCCCCGCUGUCUCCUUUCCCUUUAGGAGCUCCUGCACAGAACGGGCUUGCAAGUAGCUUGCCAGCUGAGGUACACAGCCACACCCACAAUCCCCCGGAGCCAACCUCCCAGCCUGUACCGGCGCUGCCAGAGCUCCUGGCCCCCCUGCCCCCCGUGGCCUCUCCCAGCUCUCCCCCCCCACCCCUCCAGAAUCACAAGUACAACACCAGUUCUACCUCGUACUCCCCACUUGCAAGCCUGCCCCUCAAAGCAGAUACUAAAGGAUUCUGCAAUACCAAUUUGCUUGAGGACUUGCCUCUGCAAGAGCCUCAGUCACCUCACAAGCUCAGCCCAGGUUUUGAUCUGGCCAAGGGAGGUGCUGGUAAAGUCAGCCUGCCCAAGGAGCUGCCUGCAGACGCUGUGAACCUAACAAUACCUGCCUCUUUGGACCUUUCCCCCCUGUUGGGCUUCUGGCAGCUGCCCCCUCCUGCUACCCAAAAUGCCUUUGGGAAUAGCACUCUCACCCUGGGGCCUGGGGAGUCCCUGCCCCACAGGCUAAGCUGUCUGGGGCAGCAGCAACAAGAUCCCUCACUAGCCAUGAGCACUAUGAGCCUGGGCCAGCUCCCCCUCCCCCCCAUCCCCCAUGUGUUCCCGGCUGGCACUGGCUCAGCCAUCCUGCCUCAUUUCCACCAUGCAUUCAGAUGACUGGUUUUGAAAGCCUACCUUUCUCAUUCUGGAAGAUGUUUUAAGAAGCAUUUUAAAUAUCAGUUAUGAUACAAGGAAAGAUUUGGAAAACAGGACUGGACUAUGGCUUAUUCAGUGAUAACUGGCUUGAGCGAAGAGAGUUCUCGAACUGCAUGUAUUGUGCCAAUCUGUCCUGAGUGUUCAUGCUUUGUACCAAAUUUAAUAAGCAAGUAUUCUUUAAUGGAACUGCAAUUGUCAUAACCGACAUCCAUACGAGGGCUGCUAUAUAUAGGUGUUUGUCAAAUUGAAUUUAAUCGUAAGCCAUGAUCAUAAUAAUGUUAACUAAAUAAGUUUAUGUGGCACUGCCUAGUAAGGGAACUAUGGAAAGGUUCGGAUUUCUCCAAAAUGGGAGAAUUUUUAAAAUAAGAAAAUAACCUUUAUAUUGCAUAUUAUAACUAGGCUGUGUAUUUCUUUUCAGGGAUUUUUCUACCUUCAGGGUUGGAUGUAGUUUAGUUACUAUUGCCAUAGCCAACCUAUAGUUUUACAGAAACAAUUUCUUGUGGAAUAAUAGACGUCUCCAUUUUAAAAAAGCAUUUUAAAUGUAGUUUGAAUAUUUUCCACAGGAUGCUACAAUGUGAGUUAUCAUUUACUUCAUUUAUCUUAAAGACUAAACUGAUUGUCAGUUACGUCUGACAGAAAAAAAAAAUCACUGUGUAACCAGGUUAAGUGGUAAAAUAAUCCAGGCGUCAGUCAAAACAAGCAUUUUACUGACUUUAAUAUUGAUUAUAUUUUUAACAGGAAUUUAAGAAUAUUACUGGAAUUAAAAAUAUAUAUAUAUAUUAAACAAGAAUUUCCUUUGCUCUCUCUGGCUUAAAAUACUACUCUGCUUAAGUAUUUUUAAUCACCAAUAAGUAACUGCAUUUUAAAAUUCAUCAUUUAAGUCAAUAUUAGUUUUAUUCAAAAAAGAUAACAUUUUACAAUGUAACUAUUAUCUCUCUCUUGAAUUUGGUAUCUAAUGAGUUUUUAAAAUAUAAAACCUAACCUUUUUUUAAAGCUCCUUUGUCUUUUGUGUUUAGAGGCUUUCUAUAUGAAGAUAUAUCUUACAUAUAAUAAACUCUACAAAUUCUGCA